GUGGACUGUGAACUGCUGGAAGGAAAAAAGCCAGCAAGCUGUGGUCAGUGGGACAGAGUCUAGUUGGAGGCCUAUAUCUAGUUGAGUUCCUGAAGCGUCAGUACUGAGAGUAGUACAAUUCAAUAUGUUCAUCAGUAACAUGGAUGAAGGAAUAGACUGCACAGUCAGCAAGUUUGCUGAUAUCACAAAACUGGGAGGAGUGGCUGAUACACCAGAAGACUGUGCUGUCAUCCAGCAAGACCUAGACAGCCAAUAGCUUUUCAGGAAGUCAUGUCACAAGGAAGUAAAGUUUAUAUAUGAACAGUUGGUUAAAAGAAAAAGAAUGAGGAAUAUACGGUCAGUCUCUGUACUAGAGUAAAGACACCACCACAUUGUCCAUCUAGUCCAGGCAGUGCAUUUAGGUUUGCGGAUUAUAUGAGUGUUGUUGUUGUUGCUACUGCUAUUUUAGUAUUGGCAACGGAAGGUUGUGAAGAAUUGCAAAGGGGACAUCUAAGAGUGAAUGAAUGGAAAAUAAAAUGGUGGGUGAAAUUCAUUCCUAUUAUUUGUAAUAAACUUACUGGCAGAGGGAAGAGAAAAGCCAAUUGCAUAAGAAGUUACAUCUCAAGAGUAACUAAUUAGGUUUACGAGUGUUCUGUGAAAACUUCAUCUCAAUUGCAGUGAAGAAAGUAAAGCUGCUGUUAACAGGAGGCAUACUGGGAACACUGCUGCAUCACUAGAGAACUCCUGAGAUUAUUUGCAUCUGUGCAAUUAUGAUGACUCCAUCUCCACAAAGAGCAUGAAGAAAAGAGAAGUGAUGGUGAACAAGUGAUCCCUUGUUUAAUACUAGAAAUUGGAGGCAUCGAAGAACAUCAGCAGGGCUGGAGUUUGAAACAGAAAAGAGGGCACUUCUUUAUGAAAGGCCUAACUGAGCUGUGGACCUCCCCGUGGCUGGAUACUGUGAAUGUCAGACAUUUAUUUACCUGUGCUCUGAGCUGAAGAAAAACCCUUUGUUCUCUCCAGCACAGUUCUUGAGUCCCUGAGGCCUCAGUGCAUGCUGCUUGUCUAAUGCUACUCUUGCAAAAGAAUAUUCUCAUGCUUCUUUAGUCUUAUGAAUAUGGAGCCUAAAAGUGUGCUGCUAAGAAGUUUGAGUUGCAGAGCUUGGAGGAAAAAAUGAACUGCUGAACACAGCAAUGACCAGAAGUACAAGAACACCCAGCCCAGCUUAGUUAGUGAAUAAUUAAGAACUGCAACAGCAGAAUUGUAGUCUUCCAUUUCAAAUGUUAAAGAAUGCAAGCAGUUGGCAGAGCUGAGAAAAGUAGGCAGAUCUUCUGCCUGGAAAAAAUUUUAACCAGUGGGAAAAAUCCAGUGGACAUUGAGGACCUGUUAACAUUGUGUAAUUCUGACGGCCACAAACGACCACCAUGAACUCGCAGAAUUUCAAGAUCCAUCAAGGGUGAGUUAACUGACCAUCUAUAUUCAGAGAUAUAAAACUAAUGGAAUGCAGGGGCAAAUGCUUUGCUCUGCCUUCUUUUAUCCAGCGGAGCUAAAAUAUGCAGCACUGGUCAGAAAUCCACACUAAAGUACCCACACAAAAUUAAUGGCUCUUUCAGCUGCAUUUCAUGUAGAUCAUCUGCUUGAACAGGUCACAUUUGGGAGCAGGAGAGAUGUUACUUCCUUUUUCAUCGUGCUUUCUAACAUCAGAGAAAGUACCGUGCUCCUAUUUCUCAGGGAAUGCAGUAACUUCAGGCAGUACCACAGAGUGACACUGGGGUGAUGAACAGCAUGAAGGGGUGUCCAUCCAUACACACAGUGCAUACAGUAGGAACUUUUAGGCUGUGGUCUGACGGAAAGUUUACGUGGAGUCAAAUUUCAGAGUUGGAGCACUGAAUUGCAGUGAGUCACACAGAGAGCCUGAGAGCUGCCUUUGUUCCACUUGUGUCUGAACGUUGGAGGAGAAACAGCAGGCUCCAGUUUUCGUUAACUUAUUUUCAGAAGUACAAGAUUCAUGUUCACCGAACUUCUUCCCUGCUUGAGGUCUUUCAACUGACUUUCAGAAAAUGCUGUCAUGUCAUUCCUGGUGGACCUGGGAUGUGCUACUACUGUUCUUAGGCUUGUCAAUCCAUGCUUGUUCAGCAGCUCAGGUCAUAGAAGAACGAGGCUCAAAAGAACAUCUUGAUCUCACAGAGUUAAUAGGAGUUCCACUCCCUCCUUCUGUCUACUUUGUCACUGGCUACGGAGGUUUUCCAGCGUAUAGCUUUGGUGCAGAUGCCAACAUUGGUCGAUUGACAAGUGCUAUAAUACCAUCGCCUUUCUAUAGAGAUUUUGCAAUUGUAGUUACAGUGAAACCAAACAGCGAUCAUGGAGGAGUGCUAUUUGCAAUAACAGAUGCCUUCCAGAAAACUAUUUACUUGGGAAUUAGACUUUCACCAGUUGAUGAGAGCACCCAGAGAAUAAUUAUGUAUUACACUGAGCCUGGCUCUAGUAUCUCCCGAGAAGUGGCUUCAUUUAAAGUGCCAGUGAUGACUAAUAGGUGGAAUAGAUUCACGGUGACUGUUCAGGGAAAUAACAUUGCUUUGUUCAUGGACUGUGAAGAGUACCAGAGAGUUCAGUUUCAGAGGUCGGAUCGAGCCUUGGUAUUUGAAUCUGGCUCUGGAAUAUUUGUUGGUAAUGCAGGAGCCACAGGACUGGAAAAGUUCACAGGCUCAAUUCAACAUCUGACAAUCAGAUCUGACCCAAGAGGUAAUGAAGAUCACUGUGAAGAUGAUGAUCCAGAUGCUUCAGGGGACUUCAGUGGCAAUGGCAGCAUUCAAGAAAAUGAAGACAUUUCUGAGGUGCAAGAAGAACUUGUGCCUCCUCACCUUCUCAUAAGGCCUGAAGAUUCAUUGGCUGAGGCAGUGGAAGCACCUCCAACCAUAUUAUCUUAUUUGAAAGAAAACGAUUUCUCAGGACAUCACAGUGCAGAAGAAACCUCUGAACCAGCUAAAAUUAAAGAACAAGACUCAGUUAUUGUGGAAACUGGACAAAGCAACAGCGAAUCUACAGCUCUCAUGCAGGAAAUCUUAAGAGAAGAAGAUGGCUCUGGUGCUAAUGUCUUGCUAGGAGUGAGCAGAGAGAAGAUUAGAAUGAAACCUGAAGAACUGGGCUCUGGAUCCGCUGAUAGAGAAACUGAAAUUUUAAAAGGCAGCCCAGGAUUGCAUGGCAUCCCAGGAAAACCAGCCCCUGAUUCAGAUGUAGGACCUCCUGAGUCACCAGAGGAAGACGGAUCUGCUGGUGAACUGGGCCCUGAAGGUCCGCAAGGUAUUCCUGGGCUUGAUGGAGUGGUUGGCCCACCAGGACAGAAAGGAGAAAAGGGUGAGAGAGGUCUUCCUGGAUCUGCUGGUGCAAAGGGUGAUAACGGAGUUACUGGAUCAGUAGGCCCUAAAGGAGAAGCCGGCGCUAAUGGCUCUCCUGGGAAACCUGGACCCCCUGGGCCCCCAGGGCCCCCUGGACCUCCUGGACCCACAGGUGUAAACUACAAUUUAGGAUCUAAGAGAGGCCCAAUUACAGAAGAACCUGGCAUUGCUGGAUAUCCUGGAGGUGUGGGUCCAAAAGGGGAGAAGGGUGACCCAGGACCUCAGGGUGAACCGGGGCAGGAUGGGAAUGAUAUUGUGGGUCCACCUGGACCACCAGGACCACCUGGACCAAUCAUAGCCAUACCAGAGCAACUUCUUAAUGAUACAAAAGGAAUUCUUAACUUCACAACAAUUGAAAAACUGCUUGGGCCUCCUGGACCAGAUGGUAAGCCAGGUUUACCAGGAUUUCCUGGCCCAAGGGGACCGAAGGGUGACAUUGGUUUACCUGGAUUGAAAGGACUCAAAGGACAACAGGGUGAAAAAGGAGAACCUGGAGCUAUCAUUGCUGCUGAUGGAUCUUUAACUGAAUUGUUAGGAAGAAAAGGACAGAAGGGUGAAGCUGGAGUGGUAGGACCAAUGGGACCAAUGGGACCAAUAGGGCCUGCUGGACCUAAAGGAGAACUUGGAUUCCCAGGACGCCCAGGCCGCCCAGGACUGAAUGGGCUGAAAGGUGCGAAAGGUGAACAAGGUGAAGCAUUAAAUGGCAUUCCUGGUUUGCCAGGCCCUCCUGGACCCCCAGGACCUCCAGGACGUGUAGUUCACAUCAAAGGAGCAGUUUUCCCAGUCUCUCCUAGGCCUCAUUGCAAGAAUAUAGUGAGCAAUAUUUACCCUGGAAAUCAAAAAGUUCUUGAUGCCCAUGGUGCUAAAGGAAAUGAAGAUUGCUGGAGUCUGCGCAAUUCAGUGGACUUAAAAGGAGAAAAGGGAAACAGAGGUGCUCCAGGACCACCAGGUCCACCUCUACCUCCAUCACAUUUCAGCCACUUUAUUAAUAGCAUAAAGGGUGAAAAAGGAGACAAUGGUGUAAAAGGAGAAAAAGGAGAACCAAAUGGAGGUUUUUACCUGACAGGACCACCCGGACCACCUGGAAGACCAGGAUUAGUUGGACCUAAAGGGGAUUCAGUUGUUGGACCCAGAGGACCUCCAGGGUUGCCUGGCUUACCUGGUUUACCAGGUUAUGGAAAAAUUGGACCACCUGGCCCACCAGGCCCACCAGGACCCCCUGCAAUAUAUGGAUCAGCCGCAAUGCCUGGACCACCAGGUCCUCCUGGAGAACCAGGGCCACCUGUAACCAGGAAUCUGGUUACAACAUUUCAAAACAUUGAAGGUAUGUUGGAAAAGGUUCAUUUGGUAACAGAAGGUACACUAAUCUAUCUUAGAGAAACCAGCGAUGUUUUUAUCCGUGUUCGAAAUGGAUGGAGAAAAUUGCAGCUAAGUGAGCUAAUUCCUGUCCCUGAUGAGAGCCUUCCUCCUCCAGCUGUAUCAAGUUAUGGAUUUCAAUCUCUUCCGGUACUGAAUCCAAUAUCAGACACGAACAAUGGAAAACCAGCACUGCACCUGGUGGCUUUAAACUUACCAUUGUCUGGUGACAUGAGAGCAGAUUUUCACUGUUUUCAACAGGCCCAGCAAGCAGGUUUGAAGACUACCUAUAGGGCCUUUCUCUCAUCACAUUUGCAAGAUUUGGUCGCGGUUGUCAGAAAAACAGACCGAUACAAUUUGCCAAUAGUAAAUCUUAAGGGAGAAACACUUUUCAACAAUUGGGAAUCUAUAUUCAAUGGAAAUGGUGGACAAUUCAACAUUCAUGUUCCAAUAUACUCCUUUGAUGGGAGGAAUGUCAUGACAGAUCCACUCUGGCCUCAAAAGAUAAUAUGGCAUGGUUCAACUACAAAUGGGAUCCGACUGGUCAGCAACUACUGUGAAGCCUGGCACACAGCUGAUUUGGCAGCAAUGGGACAAGCAUCACCACUGAAGAUGGGAAAACUUCUUGAUCAGAAAGCAUAUGGCUGUAAUAAUCAGUUUAUUGUUCUUUGUAUUGAAAACAGUUUUGUAUCUGAUCCCCAGGGAAAAUAACUCAUCUGUUGUACAUAAUAUUCAAUAUUAUGACAGAAAAAGCUGACAACAGAAGUUUCAUUUGCAAUGAUGUAAAUAUUUUAAUUUUUGUAAUUGCACAUUUCAGGAAAAAUUAGCCAAAGAAAACAUACCUCAACACAAUCCAUAUUCCAGUUGAGUGGAACAUUCAGUGUUCAUGAGGCACACUUAAAGCUUUUCUUUCCACUCGAACUUUGUAUGGUUGAAGGUAUGCCAACAUUUCACUCACAGCCUCUUGUCUUACUAACGGAGUUGAAGUUCAGUAAAAGUCACUAGUCAAGUAUGGACUACAAGGAAGAUUCAGUAGCCUGACUUGAUAGCUGCUGUUUCUUCCAGUUAAGUCUUCUUUUCACUUGCAUUGAUUUUGAAUAUCCAAGGCACUAUUUAAAUAUAUCAUAAAAUGGCUUGAAUUGGAAGGGACUUUGCCAUGGGCAUGCUUGUCAACCAGUAGAUCAGGUUGCCCAGGGACCCAAUCAACCUGGCCUUCAAUACUUCUAGGGAGUGGAAGUCAACACUUCCAUUCCUCUGCUUUUCUCUGGGCAAGUAGUUCCAGGGCCUCACCACCCUCUCAUUAAAAAUAAUAAUAUUCUUCUUAAUAUCUAAUCUAAAUCUCCCUUAUUUUAGUCAUUCCCCUUUACUCUAUCACUAUCUAACCAUGUAUAAAGUUGUUCUUCCUGGUGAUUAUAAGCUACUUUUAGUCACUGGAAAGCCACCAUGAGGUUUACCAAGAGCCUUCCCUUCUCCAGGCUGAAUAAGCAAGGCACUCUCAACCUUUCUUCAUUGGAGAGGUGCUCCAGCCCUCUGAUCAUCUUUGUGGCUCUCCUCUGGACCCACUCCAUCUGUUCCACGUAUUUCUUGAGCUGGGGAAGCCAGACCUAAAGGCAGUACUCCAUGUGGGACCUCAGAAGGGAAGAGUAGCGGGGAACAAUCUCCUCUCCCACCCUGCUGACCAUCCCUCUUUUGAUGCAACCCAGGCUGCAAGGACAUACUGCUGGCUCAUGUCAAGCUUUUUGGCCAUGGGGACUGCUAGCCCUUGUCUGCAGGUCUGCCCUCAGUGAGUUCUUCUCCCAGUCUGUACUCGUAUCUAAGAUUGUCCCAACCCAAGUACAAUACCUUGCACUUAGCCUCAUUGAAUCUCACUUGGUUCAUGUGGGCACAUCUUGAGCUUGUUAAGGUCCCUUUGGAUGGCAUCCCUGUCAGUUUGGCAUCAUCCUCAAACUUGCUCAGGGUGCACUUGAUCCCACUGAACAUCUUUGAUUAAGAUGUUGAAGAGCACCCGUCUCAACUUGGACCACUGAGGCCACCACUCAUCACAGGCCACCACCCAGACACAGAGCUGCUGAUCGCAAUCCUCUGACUGAUCAUCCAACCAAUUCCUUAUUCACCAAAUAGUCCACUCUUCAAAUCCUUAUAUCUCCAACUUAGAGAUAAGGAUAUGGCCUCGCAGAAGCCAAUGUACCUGACAUCAGUUGCUCUUCCUUUGUCCAUUGAUGUCAUUGCUCCUUCCUAGGUCACCAGAUUGAUCAGGCACAAUCUGCCCUUGGUGAAGCUGUACUGGCUCUUAGUACUGUACCUCCUCAUCUUGCGCAUGCCUUAACAUAGCUUCCUGUUUCAUGACAUUCCCAGGCACAGAGGUAAGGCUCAUCGGCCUAUAGUUUCCUGGAUUAAUUUUUCCUUAAAAAUGGGAACGAUGUUUCCCCUUUUCAAAUCACCUAAGAGUUUACUUGACAGCCAUGACUUUCUGAAUAUGAUGGAGAGUGGCUUUGCUACCACAUCAGACAGUUCCUUCAGGACCCUGAGUUGCAUGUCAUCAGGCCCCACAGACCUGUUGUACUCAUUCAGUCUCAUCCAGUGGUCUUGAACUUGAACCUUAUCUUAUUCCUCCUCCAGGACUUGAGAGAUUUGGGAAGCCUGACUGUCAGUGGAUGCAAAGAACUUCUUGAGUACCUGACCUUCUUCAUGCCUUUUGAAGUCAGUUCUUGCUUCUGAUUUAUCAGAGAGGGUACACUCUCUUUGGCCUUUAUCUUCUGACCAAUAUACCUGUAGAAUCCCUUCUUGUUGCAUCCCUCAUCAGCUUCAGUACCAUGUGUGUCCUGGCUUUCCUGAUCCCAUCUCUGCACAUCCAGACAGCAUCCCUGUAUUCUUCACAGGCAGUAUGUCCCUGCUUCCACUGCCUGUACAUUUCCUUCUUAUUCAUCAGUUUGAUUUCCAGGUCCUUGUUUAGCUUUGCUGGUUUCCUGCCUCCUCUGUUUGAUAUAUGUAUAUAUACAUACUGUCCCAUGUAUAAUGAGCAAAUAAGAGGAUGCUGUUAAAUUUUACAGGGAUAGACUUCUCAAAAAGCUUUAAGAACAAAGGGACUUGACUCCUUGGAGUCUCAAUGGAAACUCAAUACUAAUACCUAAAUACCUAACUCCAAAAAGAUUUUACAGAUUUCAUCUUGGUGCUUACACAUGAAUUUAGCAACCUGACAUCUUACUUUUCAUCACAGAUUCUAGGCAUAGUGUUUUAUGCAGAAGGACUGAACUAGACAGAGUCUGGUCCUUACUUUGGUGCUAUUGUUAUCAGGAAAUCUGGAGCAAUGUUAAUAGAAAACAUCCUGUUUUAACUGGCAGAAAUGUGCACAUAAAUGCAGAUAAACAAGCCAUCUGACCUUUAUUUAUUUAAUUUAGCAUAAGAGGAAGUCAUUUCCUGUUGUGCCAAAUGUAAACUGAAUGAAAAAUAUCUGUCAUGGUCUCUUUACCAUAACCCUAACCCUAACCGUAACCCUAACCCUAAUCGGCUCUAGGCAUUGUUAUCUUACUAUGCUAUAUGCAAUUUUCCUUUUAGUGAAUGUAUCCUUCUGGCAUUCAGAUACUGAAAGAAUUAGUAAUAUAAAAUCACAGUAUUAGUGACAGGAAUGACUGUUAAAUGCUAUUAUUCCUCACAAGCAUUAUCACCACAGUACCUUAAGUCUCUCACCUAAAUAUUUGCCUACUAUGUACUUUAAAAAAGCAUUUACUUGUUUUUUUAACUGGCAGUAACUAUGGUAAUCAAGCAUCAUGUUAUCAUUUUAAAAGACUUAACCUGAAGAUUAGGUUAGAAACACCAAAUUGCUAACAAACAAACUACUAAAUUAUUAGACAGCUACUUUCAAAAGACAAGAUAAGCCAAAUCAUGUUUACCAUACCAAACUGAUUUAAUUAUUAUGUAACAUGAAAAUGUGAAAUCCAGCCUUAUUUCUUUAAUUUACUAUAAAACCAUAUAAAGUCAGCUGAAUCAUA